GACAGACUGAGCCUUCCAGGACUGGUGCUGAAAGCGCCGGGUUGGAGCUCAGUAUCUAUGGGCAUCGCAGCCCAAGUGCAAGGCAGUUCUAAGUGAUCUCAAUCCGAGGGAAGCAAAGCGUAGCGUGAAACUUCACUUUGCAUUUAAUCACUCGAUGAAAAGAUUACCGUUUUAACAUCGAGAUUGCGUCUGCAAUUGCAGAGAAGGAUCUGAGACAAACCAACCUUCAGCUCUGUCCUCUUGUAACAGACACCAUGACGCCUACAGAGUCUUCAGGAGCUGUAAAAAGACACAGGAAGGAUCCUGGAAAUGGAGGUGGUCUGGAUGAGAAGAAACAACUGAGGCAAUGGGGCAGGGCCUGGGAAGUCGAUUGGUUUUCCCUGGCGUCUGUAGUCUUUCUUCUCCUCUUUGCUCCAUUAAUUGUAUUCUACUUUGUGAUGUCUUGUGACCAGUUCCAAUGUGCUCUGUCUGGCCCUCUUCUCAGUGUGUACUCCGGCAAGUCCAGCAUCAGUGACAUCUGGGUUCGAGCUCCAUCCUUCAGCUGGACAGCUGCCAAAAUCUAUACUCUCUGGGUCUGCUUUCAAGUGUUUUUAUACCUGUGCGUGCCUGAUAUUUGUCAUAAGUUCCUACCUGGCUAUGUUGGUGGUGUGCAAGAUGGUGCAUGUACUCCUGCAGGGCUGAUCAAUAAAUAUGAGAUCAAUGGACUGCAGGCGUGGAUCAUUACCCAUGUUCUCUGGUUUGCUAAUGCCAACUAUCUGCAUUGGUUCUCUCCCACCAUCAUAUUUGAUCACUGGAUUCCUCUGCUGUGGUGUGCCAACAUCCUGGGCUAUGUUGUGGCAACAUUUGCAAUGAUGAAGGCAUAUUUCUUCCCCACCAAUGCAAGUGACUGCAAGUUCACUGGCAACUUUUUCUAUGACUACAUGAUGGGGAUUGAAUUUAAUCCACGCAUCGGGAAGUGGUUUGACUUCAAGCUUUUCUUCAAUGGCCGUCCUGGUAUUGUGGCAUGGACCCUGAUCAAUCUUUCCUUUGCUGCUAAACAGCAAGAAUUGUAUGGUCAAGUGACUAAUUCUAUGAUCUUGGUAAAUGUGUUGCAGGCAAUUUAUGUGCUGGAUUUCUUCUGGAAUGAAACUUGGUAUCUGAAGACUAUUGAUAUUUGCCAUGACCACUUUGGCUGGUAUCUGGGUUGGGGUGACUGUGUCUGGCUGCCAUACCUUUACACUCUGCAGGGUCUGUAUCUUGUCUACAACCCAGUACAGCUAUUGACAGCCAAUGCAGUUGGUGUUCUUCUCUUGGGAUUGGUUGGCUACUACAUCUUCAGAAUGGCCAAUCACCAGAAGGAUCUCUUCCGACGCACAGGUGGAAACUGCAAGAUAUGGGGCAAGAAGCCAGAGUACAUUGAAUGUACCUACUUGUCUAUUGAUGGCACAAAGCACCAAAGCAAGCUAAUGACCUCUGGAUUCUGGGGGUUGGCACGCCAUUUUAACUACACUGGCGAUCUUAUGGGCUCCCUUUCUUACUGCCUGGCAUGUGGAUUUGGACACCUCCUGCCAUAUUUCUACAUUAUUUACAUGUCUAUCUUGCUGAUCCAUCGCUGUAUCAGAGAUGAGCACCGGUGCUUGAGUAAAUAUGGCAAUGACUGGAGACGUUAUACAGAUACAGUGGCUUACCGUCUUUUACCUGGAGUAUUUUAGGACCGUUUCUAUCAUCAGUGUGGUUUUCAGAGAGACUUGUUUUUCUUUCAGCAAAGUAAGUUUACCAGUAGAAAUUCUGAUUUCCAAGUACAUUGUUUUUAAUGGAUAUUUUUACGCUAAGGAACAGCAUGCCUUAAAAAUCUUGCUCUAACAUGAAUAUGAAAUUAAAAUACUGUGUGCAUACUGAAGGAAGGAAAAAUGCUAAAAAUACCUGGCAAGAGGAAUUAAAUUACCAGAUCGGGUCAAUGAGCUUCCAUUCACAUUGCAUUAGUUUUUGUUUUGAAUAGAACUAGUCACAUUUACAAAAUUGAGCCAUGCAUCUUCAAUGGGAAGUAUGCUAUUUUGGCUUUAUGGUGUCUUAAGGUCGGAGAUUUUCACUGUUGUAGCUAGCUGAAUUAAUUUAAAGUAAAUUUUUCCAAGUUGAUUUAAAGUGUUAAAUACCCUCAUUCCUGCUAGGAAUAAGAACUUGUGUGUAAUGGCAUUUAAUAAACAGCUGGUGGCUGGACAUUAUGUGCUCAAAUGUGUAUUAUAAUUGGGUUUGGUGGAAUUUAAUAAUUUUGACGAAAACAUUACUUUGAGGCAUCUAAUUUGAAUAUAAUUAAUUUGAAUUUUCAUGAUUGCACCAAAUACGAGGUGUGAGAAAAGACAAUUUAUUGAUCUUAGGAUGUCAUUAUUCAUUUGUCAAAAUAUAAAGCUUCAAUAGGAAGUAAGUAUGUAGUGAUUAAUAAUGUCUUAUCUACCAUAAAUCAUUAUGUUCAUUUUACAGUUACAUUCAUAAAAAUGGAAAACAAGCAAAUUCCUCAAGUUGUACACUUCAUUUUAAAAGAUUUAUCUGGUGUUAAUUUGUAAUAAUAAUUUCUCACUAUUAGUGGUACUUAACUAUUUUCUCUGUUUGAGAUGAAAUUGAUAUUUAGCAUUUACAGAUCAGGAUAAAUCACAUCCUGCCAAGCCAGAUUAUAAUUUAAUUAAUAAAUGGGUAUUUUGGAUAUCAUUCCCCAGAUAGGACACUGGAAUUUUCUUUUUUCAAACUGUUAAAAUGUUUAAAUGACUUAAUGGUUAUGUCUGAGAGAAAAAUGAGAAACUUGCAUUUUUAUAACUUUUUUUUUAAAAAUUGUGCAGAUGCUGGAAACCUGAAACAGAAAACAUGGGAAUACUCAACAGGUCAGGCUGCAUUUGUGAGAUGAGAAAGAGUCAACAUUUCUGGUUGAAGGCCCUUCAGAACAGAAGAGGAGACAGAAGCUUGUAAAGCUGCAGUGGGGAAUGGGAUGUCUCUGACAGAUUUAAACCUGGAAUGGCCGUGGGGAUAAUCUGGAAACAAGGUUACCUGGUUAGUGGGUGAAUGGGAGCAGUUGGAGAGUGAGAACAUAGAGCCUUGACAAAGAGGGAGUUACAAAAUGCAGAGCCAAGGGAUGUGCCCAGCAGGUCAGGCUGGUUAUGUCCUCCACUUCACUUGGGGUGGGGGGAACGGGGUAGGAGAAGAAAACAAGCUGAGCCCAUCAAAGGCAUCUCCCGCCCUUCAGCACUUGUGUUUACUUUUCAGUUCUGUUGAAAGGUCUCCAACCUGAAAUAUUGAUGUUUGUUUGACCUGACUUGCUGAGUAUUUCCAGCAUUUCCUGUUUUUGUUUUGCAUUUGUAUAACACCUUUCACAGCCUCGGGAAAUCUUGUUUACUGUUAAUUAACUACUUUUGCAGUACACCCUCCUGGGAAAAACUAUGGCAGCCUAUUUGCAUGGUAACCAGUGAUUUGAAAAUCAGCAGAUAAUCUGGUUUCAGUAGAUAACAAAGUUUGAGGAAUGAAGGGCAGCAAGAAUAACUUCCCUGCUCUUUGAAAUACAAUUGGCAUAUGAUGCACAUAUUGGAAGAUAUUAAGCACCAAAGCAACUGUGCAGAGGAAGAUUUGCAGUUAUCGGAUGUGGCAUAUUUAUUGAGGCAACUGUUUGAAAGUAGCUGUCUAGAUUCUCAUUCAGCCUCACUUUCAGAUUUUUUAGGAAUUGUAGACCAAACAAGGAGGAAUGAUCUCCAGAUGUAUUUGUGCUUGAGACCAUUUUGUAACAGAUUGGGUUCCUCGUAGGCAGAACCCUGUUUAUGGUACUUGGCUAGAACUGUAAAGGACUUGCAUAUCGGUGUCGCAGACAUGCACAUCUACAACAGGGGAAGUCACUUUGGAGUAACACAAGUUGUGUAAAUGCCCCUUAAUAUUAAACAUGGAUGACAAAUUUUUGAUUUGACUGACAGUGAAAUUUUACAGCUGUUACCUGUGUCACUUGUAGCAAUUGCAUUCCAUAUCAACAUUUCCUAAAAAUCUGUUGUUGGCCAGUAAUGACAUCAAAACAUAAGAAAAUACCAAGUUUGUUAACUUGCUAUUUUGGGGAAGAUUUCUAGGUAUUCUGAACAAUCCAAAGUUCUCUUCUGUCCUGAAAACAGCCCAUAGUAGGCAGCACUAAACCUGUAUUUUAAAAACUAUUUCUUUAUAGUAUGUGGACAUCACUGGCAACACUAGCAUUUACCAUUCAUCCCAAAUUGCCCCUAAACUGAAGAGACAGGUAAGACCCAAAUGCAUUGCUGGGUCUGGAGUCACAUAGCUUUCAAGGACAGACAUCUACUCUUUACCUGGCUUGGCGUCUGUUUGUGAUCCUGCUGGGUAACUAUUUACAAUAGAGACUUUAAUUUGUGAUAAAGAAUUGCCUAAAAUUUCUAGGGAUAGAGUCGAAAAUAAUUUGCGAAGUUAUUGUUUGUUUUUGUUUUGACUUCUAUGAAUUGAAAGGUAUUUUGUGUCACAUUUCUGGAAGAUAUCAGUCUUGAUUUCAAACUGUCCUUCCAAUUUUGAAUGCAAAUAGUCAUGUUGACACACUUUUAAUGGAACUGAGUUCAAAAGAUGAAAGCUAAGGUUUGUAGAUUUUUAUGGGCAGUACUGGGGCAAAUUAAUAAACAUGUGGCAAACUGCCUAAAGAUAUUGGGACUGUGCAGAUUAGCAUUGCCUUCUGAUUAAUUUCUGAAUUGAUUUUAUUCAAUGUUGAGUCAUUGUAAACAGUAUAAAUAAUAUAUGCUUUGCAAACUUGA